GCUUCAAAUGCUUUCAAAUGCUAUGAUAGGGGCUCUUUAAAAGUUAUAAUGUUAUUCUAUGCUGUAUAAGACUCAGUCUUAGUAUAAGUAUUAUUCUUAGUAUAUUCUAUGCUGUAUAAGACUCAGUCUUCUUCUCAGUAACUUGGUGAUCAGAUUGUGUUUGCCCUCAGACUUACCUUCUACUGCAUUGUGGAGGGAGACAGCCCAACCCUUCUUGCAGGAAGGAAAGCACAGUUCUGAUCUGGCAUUUGCAGGGGUCUUCUCACCGAGAAGAACACCACUCAACGAACAGGUCCCACUUCGUAGCCUAAGCACGCCUUGCACGCUCUUGCUUAAUUGAUAGUGUCUACCACUUGUUGGGAUAGAUCUCUAAAGUCUUAUCCAGAGACCACACUCGGAGGUUCCAGGGUUCCAGUAGCAAGUGCGACAUGGUUCCCAGUUUCUAAGAAAGAGCUCCUUACUCAGAGGAAUCUGCCUUUGAGGGGCUGUCGUAAGGAGCAUUAGUCCUUGGAAUCAGGUUCGUUGGGCCAGUACAGUGCAACUAAAAGACCUGCUUUUCAACUGUCUUCCCUGACAGUAGGCUCACUGGGGUAAAUGCAUACUUGCAUAGGCCCCGGGGUCAGCUCUGUGCCAGUGCAUCCAUGCUGAGGGUCAUGAGAGUUUGUCGGCUUGACGAUUGAGCUUGCCCGGAAUGUGAAUGGCACGAAGCGUCCUCAGAUGCUUCUAUCUCCAGAAGAGGAAAUGGUGGGCGAGUUGCAACAUGUGACAGGAGCGUGUUUGUCCUGUAGCAGCAAUCUGAAGGAACACAGGGUAAGCCGUACUGGCAGCAAUUCGUGGCAAUUGAUGUGCCAUCUCAGUCAAGGUCCUGUCCAGCAGCCCGAGGCUGCACAUCCGUUGCACAUGGCACCCUAGCCGGUGGUGGGGCCAUCUGUUGAGGCAACAACCUGCCUGGACACUUGUAGGGGAGUCCUUGCCUGUGGAAAAGCAAGGUCUGACCAUGGGUUGAAGGUUUGGAGACAGGUUGGUGUGAUUGCAACCCGGUCUGUGCCGAUGUGCCAUGCCCAUCUCGGGACUCGGCUGUGUAGCCAGUGAUGAAGUGGUCACAUGAAACAGCCCAAGCACUGUGACUGUGGCAGCAGAUGCCAUAUGCCAGGAGCCUCUGAAACAGUUUCAGUGAAACCGCCGUCCUGCCUGAAUGAAUUCAGGCAAUUCAGCAUUGAAUGAGCAAGUACAUUCAUGGGACAGGGUGUCAUGUUGACCGAGUCCAUCUUAACCACACACUCUGGAGUGCUUCUUCUGGGUUUGUAGAACACUAGAAGAUGACUGCAGUGCAGAAUCAAUGAAAUGCUCUGCUUUUCUGUUUUUAACACAUAGUCGUUGUGUAAACGUGUCAGGAUUCUGCCCUGGCAGCCUUGUCUGUGUUGUCUGUUUCAUAUUUCUAUGUUUGUCUUGUGUUUGAGCACAUGGCUCUGUAUUUUUUGAUGUUUGGCAUGUGCUCCUUGUCUCCCACCUUAUUUUUUGGUGGGACUGCUGGCAGCUGCCUGGCAAGCCUCUGGUUCUGUGAGCAAGAACCUGGCGGCAAGAGAUCUACAUCAAGCUACAAGUUCCUUGUUUUCCUGCCUGGUCUUUUCUUUGGAGUUGCCUCUAUUGCACUUACUUCAUCGUCAUCUUACUGACAGUCUCAGUCGUGUUGUCUGCCCUGCGCCCUACUGUUUUAACUGUGGUUCACGCUUCACUCUCCCUGCUGUCUCAAGUUUUCUGUCUUGUUAAUAAAAACCCACUGUCUGUUCAUUUGCAUCUGGGUCCUAUCUCUUGCAGAAUUGUGACAAAAAGUACCUUAAGUAAAGUCGGUGAACGAGGAAGACUUUGUGGAACCCAGCACACCAUCUUCUCUGAUUGGGAACAAGCAUCCAAAAUGCAACAUCAAUAAGUAGGAUUUGUUGGCUUAAUUGCCUUCAGAAUUGAAAGUUUUAGCAUAAGUUCUGCCAGGAAGACUUAAUUACCGCGUCACUUGUUACCUUCCGGUUAUCCAAUCACGUUCUUAUUCUUGUCGUAUAAAAGAUCGGUACUUACACAUGUUUGAGUUCGCAGAUGUCGACGCGACAUCAACCUCCACCCUCCCCACCACCACCAGGAUGGUCCCAUCUAUACUUCCCUGGGGAGACGGCUGCACCCCUGCCUUCGUCUUCAGGCAGGAAAUGCUGAUCCGCUACCCUCGGAUUAUGAUCCAAGGAUGGGGCCUACGCCAAAGAACUUUGCAAAUAAUUGCCUGCUGGGCUGCCAAUAAGUGGAUGCUUUGUUACAUCAUUUUAUCUGCCGAGUCUUUCUGGUUGAACUGUUAAUCUUUUGCUGAUCCCCCCCCCCCUUCCUCAACCUAAACCACACAGCAAAGUAUGGUUCUGUUUUGAAAAUGGAUCCUGUUCUAGCAGACAGUUAAUGUAAUGUCAGUGUCAGAAUGUCUCUCAUGCGGUCCGAACUUUCCAAUAAAGGGAUCUACGUGAGCGCUGAUCACCACAGAGCUCUUUCGUUCAUUCUCAGCUUGCUGUAAAGUGCCCCAUUAGGACCAGGCAUAAACAUAUCCAGCUGACCAAGCAAACAAAAUAACCCAUUAAAAGGGGGAUUUUCAAAUAAUAUUACAAGCUUUUAAAAACACCAUAAUGUGCAGUGGGCAAGAUAAUUAUGAAAGUAUUUUACUGCUCAAAUUCCAGUAGCUACUCUUGCAAACUAUCUUUACGUUGACUGUAUUUCCCACAAAUCUAGUCAUUAUUCUGUACUCUAGCAUUAUAGAAUUUAAUAUUUUUUGAUUUUGAUAUUUGUUUUCUUUACAAUGGGAAUUGCUAUAUUCUUAAGAAUAUUUGUAGCAGCACACAUCCAGAAAGGAAUCAAAAUUGUAUCUGUACAGCAUCGUGGGAAUGUUAAAAUGUUAAAGUGCUUCAAAAAAAAAUAAUAAAAAAAAAUAUAUAUAUAUAUAUAUAAGUAAUUUUAUGAAUUAAAAAAAUAAAAGAUUAAUCAUUGUUUUAUGAAAAGUUAACAAUGCCUUUUUGAUUAUUAACAACAUCCAUCUGAAUAGGUAUAGUUUCCAAUAAACUUUAAUAGAAAGGACCUGCUUAUUGGAAGUGACAGCCAAACCCCUCCCAUUUUGUCUCUUUAGCAUGGUCUUUUGUUUAUUAAAAUCCAUAUGAAUGGGUGGAGUUUUGUAAUGAACUUUAAAAGAGAUGUGUUAUAGGGAGUGACAGCCAAACCCCUCCCAUUCAGUCUCUUCAUCACGCUUUUUCACACACAAACAUAUACACACAUGCUCUCACAUACAUCCAAACACAGUUACACAUUCACAAUCUUGUACAUCUGGACAGAAUGAUCAAUAAGGAGUCCCAAUCGUCUGACCACCUUACAGCAGCCUCGCGCAGAGGGGUGAGGAUGGCAAAAGUGGCAGUAGCUUUAGCCGCUGCGUUUAUGCUGGCCAGCAUAGCGGUCAUCAUUUCUAUAGCAGUUGUGCAAACUCAUAAGAAGACUUAUUUAUCCCGUGGACUCAAGUAUGGUAUUGUUUUGGAUGCAGGCUCGUCCAGGACUACCAUUUAUCUCUAUGAGUGGCCAGCCGAAAAAGAAAACAACACUGGGGUUGUGAGCCAGACAACAAAGUGUCAGGUUGAAGGCCCCGGAAUUUCAGAUUUCGGUGUAGACAAGGAACAGGACAUAAAGACAUGGAAUAGUUUAAAACAUUGCAUGGCAGAGAUAACCAAGGCCAUUCCCUCCCAUCAGCAUAACUCCACCCCAGUCUUUCUUGGGGCAACAGCAGGAAUGAGGCUCCUACAUAUGAAAAAUGAAGACACAUCCAACGCUAUCCUGAAAGACAUGAGGAACUACCUUAGCGCCCUUCCUUUCAAUUUCCAAAAUGCUUCCAUCAUCUCUGGACAGGAAGAAGGCCUUUAUGGUUGGAUCACUGUCAACUACCUGAUGGGGAACUUCUUAGAGAGAAAUCUUUGGAAUGCCUGGGUACAUCCUCAUGGUGCUAAGACAGUUGGAUCAUUGGACUUGGGUGGAGCCUCCACCCAAAUUGCCUUUGCUACUUCUGAUGAUGCCAAAGGAGAAGAUAUCAUUACGGUUUCGCUCUAUGGCUAUGAAUAUAAUAUCUACACACACAGUUUCCUCUGCUACGGGAAAAAUGAAGCUGAGAAAAGAGUUAAUGCCAAACUUGCAAAGGAAUCCACCAACUGGAGUAGUGUGAUGCACCCCUGUUAUCCUUCCGGUUAUAAUAUCUCUAUGCUUGCAGAGGAUAUUUUUGGAAGUGAAUGCACAAAUAAAGACAUUCAUUUGAGGUAUAGCCCAAAGAAAACAAUUACUUUCUUUGGACAGAGUAAGCCUGGACAAUGUAAAGACUUGGUCAGGGGUAUCUUUGACCUGACGUCCUGCCAGGGAGCUGAAAACUGCUCCUUUGAUGGAGUUUAUCAACCAACCCUCAGUGGUGACUUCAUGGCCUAUGCAGGGUUUUACUGGACUGCUUGGGCUCUUAAAGUAGAGGGUUCCAAAAGUAUGGAGCUAUUCAACAAGAACAUGGAGCUGUUCUGCUCAAAGGACUGGAAAAAUCUCAAGAAAAACACCACCAUCAGAGACAUCCAUCUGAAGUCCUACUGCUACUCUGCAAAUUAUGUGCAUACCAUUCUUGCAGAUGGUUACAAGUUCAACAUGGGCAACUGGAAAAAUCAGAAUUUUCAGAAAGAGGUAAAUAAGACCAGUAUAGCUUGGUCCCUUGGCUACAUGCUUACACUUUCCAACAUGAUCCCAGCCGAAGGGAAAAUCAUCAAGCUACCCAUAAACAACGUGCUUUUCACCGGACUCCUCCUCCUGUUCUCUACUCUGACUAUUAUCACCCUCACGUACCUCGUCAUUGCUCUGGUGCGCUACUGUUAUUGAGGUAUUUGUGCUGAGUUCCCAUCUAUAUUGUACUGAGUUCUCAUCUGUAGGACCAGUGUCCCACUUAAGGAGGUUUUGGAAACCAGGAGAGAUGUCGAUGUGUCAAUGCAGAUGUACCUGCUAGAGAAGGGUUUUAGUUUUGGAACAUGAAGGUCUUAAAUGUCUAGCUGUGCUAAGGGUAAAAAAAAAAAAAGACGCCUGAUGUGAACUCCAAAUGUGUUAACAUGUAUUAAAUGUCAUAUCCAAAAAGGGGUAGGUCUUUCUAGUCCUGGAAUACAGUGGCAAGAUCUUGUACUGUGGAUUUAAAAGACACCGAAGACAAAGUAAAGGUUUUAGCUUAUAUACAGUAAAAAGGAUAUCUACUAUGGUCAUGUCAAUGUUUUGAUUGUAUAUUGUAUCUAAUGUUUAUCUUAUCCCUAGCGUCAUGCCUUAUGUAUCUUACACAUGUAUUUCUGCAUGUGCUCUGCAAGCACAGAUUGUCUUUGGAUGAAAUGUCAUAGUAUCUAAAUAAAUGUUAUGGUUGUUAUGGCA